UGUGUUAUCAUGUCUUUCUCAGUGGCGUAUAGAAUAUGUUUACAGGUGUACUUUAAAUUAAUAUGCAUAAUGAUCACCGUCGUAAUGUAAUUCCUUGCAUUACUUUUUCCAGCAUUCUUAGACUAUUAUGAUAUUUCAUACAAAAUAGUGGAAGUAAACCCAAUCAACAAAAAGGAGAUCAAGUGGUCUGAUUACAAGAAGGUCCCUAUCGUGACAGCUGAUAGUGAACAAAUGGUUGAUUCAUCAGACAUAAUUGACAAGUUACUUAAAAGGAUGCAUCCUGAUUAUGACCUAAAUGCUGAUGAAGAAAAGAGGUGGCGUGGGUGGGUGGAUAACCACUUGGUGCAUAUAUUAUCACCAAACAUAUAUCGCUCUGUUCCUGAGGCCCUUGAGUCAUUUGACUAUAUCACUGCUCGAGGCAAUUUUAGCUUCUUUGAGAGGCUAACUGCGAAGUAUGGUGGGGCUGCGGCUAUGUAUUUUGUGUCAAAGAAAUUGAAGAAGAGGCACAACAUUGCUGAUGAACGAGCGGCAUUAUACGGUGCUGCUGAAGAAUGGUUAGACGCUUUGAAAGGCCGGAAGUUUCUUGGCGGAUCAAAACCUAAUUUGGCCGAUCUUGCAGUCUUUGGCGUCCUGAGGCCUAUCCGCCACCUCAAGUCUGGUAGAGAUAUGGUAGAGCACACACAGAUCGGGAAGUGGUACUCUGAUAUGGAAGAAGCAGUGGGACAAUCCUCUUGUGUUGAUGCAAUGAGAUAGAGCAGGGGGUUUUUCCCCCCUUGGUUGGGGGGUCCCCUUGAGAGGGGGGGUUGUUGUGGGGAUUUGAGGGAAUGCUAUAGAUUUGGGGAAAUGUGAAUGAGCAGUCUACUGAGUUUGGUGUUUUGCUUACGUCCUCGGUUUCUGGACAUAAGUUUGUUGUGCGAUGGUACCUGCGUCCUAAAAUAGCGCAUUGUAAUAGUAUUCAUCUCGUUUUGGGAUGGGUAGCAAAUCUCUUUCUUGCCCCAAUCUGAUUACACAGGUAUUGAAUAAGGGCCUUUGGUAGGCAAUCAGUUUAUAGGGUGGCUUUGGACAGGACUGGAGUAGCUACGUUAUUGUUAGGCUCUUUCGAUUGGUGCUAUUUACUCCUCUUUUUUUUUGGUAAAGUGCUAUUUACUCAUUUUUGAAGAAUUCAAUUUACUCUUUUAAGUUUGUCAGGUUUCUUGUAAUACUAAUCUAUGGUAAUUGUAUAUAUAAUAUAAAAACUAUAAUUAACUAUUUGAGACAUUAAA